AUGUGGGGAGGAUAUUCUCUUCGAAUUGUCAGGUUACAUUUGCAAGGAUCAAGGGAAACAGAAAAUGUAUCUCUAUAUCCAGGAAGCGGUGAAUGUCGUGCGCCAGAUUGGAUUUUGGAUACGACCGUUCCCAGUACCAGCUCCGAAAUAAAAGGGGUUAUCCAGGGGUUAUUAAUUACUGCACAUAAUGUAGUUUUUGCCCUUACAUUCCUCCCCUACAAAACCGAACUGGGCAAUGAAAAUAUUAUCCAAUUGCAUGAACUAGGAUCGAAUUUGAGACCUAUUCUCUACUCUGCUGAUAUCACCUGGGGCUCCAACCGUGUCCUUGUUGCUGCUGGAACAGUAUUUGGCGAGAUAAUAAUAUGGUCCUGCCAACUGGCGCUUGAUGCAGAUCCAUGCCAGCAAGCCAACGAUACUAUAACAAUCAACCACUUUUUCACUGGCCAUGAAGGGUCAAUAUUCGGAGUGGAUAUUUCCCCAGACAUACCGAUAAACGGUGGACAGGUAACAAAAAAAUUUGUUGCCAGCUGCAGUGACGAUAGAACCGUCCGUAUCUGGGAUAUAUCUUCAUAUCACCAAGGACUCACCAGCAACGGUGACUUAUCAGCCUGCGAAACCAUCACAAUCAGCCGUGGAACUGGAUUCUAUAUAACCCCAGCCGAUGAAACGUCAUCGGCGCAAGAAUUCUGUCUUGCGAAAGAAUAUGGCCAUGAAGCACGUAUAUGGGGGAUUCGAUUUCUUGACUUCGAGGUCUCUGACGACUACAUCGCUUUCAACUUGAUAUCUAGGUCCGAGGAUUGCACCUCUAUCUUUUGGAACCUCACAACGAAAUAUGAACUCAUCGAUAAUCAAUAUAUACUUCUGAAAAACAGGACUACUUUAAAGCCAAUAUCAUCCUAUUCCUACCACGUGGGGAAAAAUAUAUGGUCCAUGGAUGUGAUCGAGAAUAUGGGUUCAUUUGGCGUGCUCACGGGGGGAGCCGAUAGCAAUAUAUCGUCACUCAUCGUUCCACGGCUAACUGGAGCGUAUAUUCCCGGAAGAAGGGUAAAGAAUUAUACCUACGAUGGAGUUUAUGAUGAAUUCCUUCGCAUUAACAACCACCCUGCUGUGAGUAAUGGGCGCACAAAGAAUUCUAGGAGUGAUGGUAGAAUAAAUUCCUUUGGAUUUAUUUCAGAAGAUUCUUUUAUCGCGCCAUUUACUGAAGGAGUUGCCCUCCUUGGUCAGGUUUCCACACCCGAGCCGCAGGAUAUACGAUCACAGGACGGAAGUGUGCUACAGUGGAGCACCGUUCCUAUUAUUGGGGGAGUAGGUUCCUACGGGGCGAUAACUGGCAUUCCAGAGAGGGAGAUUGGUCUAAUCGGCACGAGUACUGGGCGAAUAUUAUGGUACAGUCACAAAGAAAGACGUGUGGAGGAGCUCGCAGAUAUAGGCCAAGGGAUAUCCGAUAUCUUCGUCAUCCAACCCCCCAAGGGCUAUGAUGGCAAUGAUACCUGCCCUGUUACAUUUAUCACCAGCUCUAGGGCAUUUUCACACGCCAACCUCCUUAUUAUUGAGGCUUCGCCAUCCCCUAAAGUCUUUGCAAAUCAACAACUUGCAUUGCCAGCAGAAUUUGUGGUCUCAAGUGCUCUUUCAAUUCCCUCCAUGUCAUUGCUGAUCCUUGGCGCUAGAUGGGGAAACAUUGUCGUGUUUCGUUUUAGCUUUGAAUUACCGAGAGAAGUGCCAGAAGAUCCGUUAUGUGUCUUCCCAGCGCACAAAAAGGAUGCAGUCACGUCCAUCACCUACUUGCGGGAAGACCGAAACUCAAGUUUUGUGGAUCUUAUUACAACCGGAAGGGAUGGAACCUACUGCAUCCAUCGACUUGACAGAUCGGGCAUUCAGUUCAAAAUGGAAACACUUCACCGGAUAAGUGCCCCAUUCGGCGCGUAUAUUGAGGGUUCCAGGCUAGAUCCUAAGACAGGACACCUGAUACUAUGGGGGUUCCGAAGCACAUAUUUCGUUUUAUGGGAUGAGACAACUCAGACAGAAAUCUUGUCAGUUGAAUGUGGAGGGGCUCAUAGAAGAUGGGCAUACCAUUUCGGGAAUAUGGGCCAUGUGCUCUUGUGGAUUAAGGCAUCAACUUUUAAUAUUAUGUCAGAGCAAUUUCAGUGUCAUCACCGUGUAAGGCAAGGGGGGCAUGGCAGGGAAAUAAAAGCUAUGUCAAUAUCCAAAAUGCAGGUUGACAGCGCUAAGGCCCCAUGGACGGUACUUGCAACCGGCGCUGAAGAUACCGAAAUUCGUUUCUUCACGCUUAACGAAGGGGCAGAAGGGAAGGAUGGCUUUCGUUCCAUACGAGCCAUCAAGAAACAUAGCGCAGGAUUGCAGCACCUCCAAUGGUCAACGAGCGGCAGAUUUUUGUUCAGCAGUGCCGGAAGGGAGGAGUUCUAUGUCUGGAGAAUUAGAUGGAUACCUGGAUUUGGGAUCGGUGUUUUGAAUGAAAGUGAAGCUCCCAAGUCUCGAGUGAAUUCUGAUCUACGGACAACACAUUUCGACGUUAUCAACGUCACAGCAGAUGAUAGCGGGCGUGAAUCAUUCCUGAUCGCCAUGGCCUACUCUAAUUCGACUGCAAAGGUAUUUCACUACUUGUCGUCUGCAGAGGGUGGAGAGUUUACACUCCUAGCGCAGGGGGUAUACACAAGCAACUGCCUUACACAAAUCCGGCUAGUGAUGUCGGGUUCUGAGCUGCAACUUAUCACAGGGUCGACAGAUGGACACAUAGCAGUUUGGGAUUUGACACCAUCGAUCAAGCCAUAUUUUGGUUUAGGCGGCAGAUCCAUCAAGCGCAGGGAUGACGUACCGUUCCCUGCCGAGCCGGUGUCGAUCAAAUGGGGAGAUCGUAGAACCGCACACCAGAGCAGCAUAAAGGCAAUGGAGCUGCUCCCGCUACCAGGGGCACAAGUCCUGCUCAUCACUGGUGGAGAUGAUAAUUGCCUCGCCUUUUCGACCCUCAGAUUCUCGGAGUCUUCAACCUCCGGGCCUUGUCCGAGCCUUAUCAGCCGCUUCUCAACGGUUUCGUAUCCAAAUGCGCAUGCUUCGGCAAUCAAUGCCAUCUGCCAGGUGCGGUGUAUUGAACAUGGAGCGGAUAAAAGGAUGGUUGGAUUCCUUGUCGCAUCAAGCGGGAAUGACCAAAGGAUCAAACUAUGGUCUGCAUUGGUUGAUAGUAUAGACGGGGAUGUUCAGGUAUCUCUGCAGGGCGAUAUGUACACCGCCGUGGCCGAUCUGUCCGCAAUAGAUCAAUUCACAGUGCAAGCCAGCGGACAAGACAGGGAGUACCUUGUUCUCUGUGGUGUUGGGAUGGAAAUGUGGGAUGUUUGUACAUAG